AUGUUCAUGCUACUGAGAUUGCUGGUAAUAUCAGUGAUAUUCCAGUAUUGCUCUGCUGAUUUGCCAGAUCAUACAAUUGAUAUCCAAUUGGCUGGCAACUGGAAGAAGACACCAUUUGCCUUGAACUUGAUUGAGUCAGCGUCAAAUGAAAACGAAUCCUACUUUUUACCAGCUGUUUCCAUAAUUUUGGGGGUAUCCUUGCCAUCUGGUGAUAAUGAUGAUUUCGACGAAACAGAGCUCUCUCUGGAAGACAUCUCCGAACUGUCUGAUGAACAAGCGUAUCUGAACGUUUUCAAACUCCUGAAAAAUGACUUCGAGAGGGCCUCUUUCAAUGUUAGCCUGUCCUCGAGGUUAUUUUCUCCGAGGAUCCAAGCACAAUACAGUCAUUACACUCAGACAGCACAGUCUUCUGCCCGGACUGCAUGUGGAUCCGACUCAUCAUCCUGGGCAGUACUCAAUGGUGAGUUUUAUUGUCAUCCAGAUGAUGUAUUUGCACUCAAGACAACGGGUUCAUCCUCUAUGGAACUUUUGCCAUUUGACAGGGUUGUUGGAGAUAAGAAUAAACCAACCGUUGAACUAUACGGUGACUAUAGGUCUGCCAGUUUCAAGCAAUUCUUCCUCAACCUGUAUAUAUCUGCUCGAGCCGGGAAAAUAAGCUUUGUGUGGAGGUACCUUCCUGAUCUGAGUGCUGAUGAGCCCGAAUAUCUCAACUCCUAUGGCGUGGACUUGACUCUUAAAAGAACUGACUACAUUGUCAUUGAUGAUAGGAAGUUUGAUAACCAGGUCACGGCAGGCUCCAAGAAAGCAGAAGAUGCGAAUGAUUACAUUGAUGAUAUCCCUCCUUUGAACAAAGAGCAUAUUCCUGAUUUGGCUCUGAAGCUCACAAGCCAUGUUCUUUCCACUUCAAACUCAGAUGCCGAUAGACUCAAGGUCUUGCGGGAUCUGGUUCAAGACUUUCCCAAGUAUUCGUCCAAAAUUGCUCAAAGUGGUGAUGAUUACGCAAGUAUUCUGGGUGCAGUCAAUGAGAACUUGAAAGUUCCCGUCCCUGACGGACUUUACAUCAAUGGUGUGCCUGUUCCUGAAAAGAAACUGAACCCUCUCAAAAUCAUGUCAGUUCUUAAAAGGGAGUUGGGCUUACAGGAUUUGUUGUCCAGGUUAAUGGGUUCAGCUGCUAAUGCUGCUAACUUAUCAGAGGAACUUUCAGGUCGUUUGAAUGAGUUCACAGGCUCGGUUGUCAGGUACGAUGUUUCGUCCAUUGAGGGUGCCAUUGUAUACCUCAACAAUAUUGAGAAAGACCCCCAAUACGAGCACUACUCAACUUCCAGAGACUCAUAUGGUGAUCUUCAACCAGGUGUUUUCCCUCCAGUGAAGGAAAAUGUUCAUGAUCUGGUAUUUGCAAUCAACCUCUCGGAUCCUGCUCAGCUGUACUACUUCUUACAAACAGUGACAGCCAUAUUGAACAGGUCCGUUCCCCAAAGAGUCGGCGUUCUGCCGUUGAUUCAAAGUGAGGCUGACGAAAUCAUUGCCAACCAGUUCUUAUAUGCCUGUAACGUAUAUGGCUUGAGAAAUGGUAUUAGCUUCCUGAUCAACCUGAAUGAGGAAGUCUUCUCAAAAGGACUGGAAACUAUUUCGCUGUCUGACUUGUACCUCUUAGACAUACCGGAAAACUAUGAUUUUGACGCUUUGCUUUCUCAUAACAGGAGAUUCCAGAAUCGUUUCAAGAUUGACUCUCCUCAUAUAUUGGUUAAUGGUGUGUUCUACUCGUUGCUAAACCCCAGAUGGCAGUACAUGAUAAAUUCCCAGGUUUCGUAUGAUAUAAACUUGUUGCACUCGGCCUAUUUGGAGGGCUCAAUUCCAGAUGGGAUGUCCUUGAGAGCUUACUUGCUAUCUGGAAGCAGGUCCCACAGAAAUACUUUCAUUGCGCCUGAUCAAGGCAAUGCCGAAAACUUUGAGUUUUUGACUUACACCAGUGAAGGAGCUCGUGAGGAAAUACUUCGUGCUGUUCAGGACGACAAAAUUCAUUCUUUCGAGAAGCUCAUCGAGAAUAUACCAUCUGAUACACUAUGGUUCAUUGGCUCGCUCAAAAAUCCACAAGUCGCUGCACAGUUGAGGAACAUUGCAGAUUGGUUUGAGAGCUCGGCAUCUGAUAAUGUACGUGCUCUGAUAGUGAAUACUGAUCUUGAAAAAGCUUCUCCAUCGGGCAAAAUUUCAGAUUUACUUCAUGGUAUUUCGUCUGGGGACGUUCAUUUGGACAGAGAGGUUGUUCAGCUCGUUGAAUCGACUCUAGGUCUCGAAGUUCAAGCCGAAAGUGCUUUCAUUUUGUUCGCUGGAAGACUCAUCGAUCUCAAGAGCAAACUGCUUGACGUAAAUGAUCUCAGUCUGCUCAAAGAGUUUGAGGAAGAGCACAGAUUGGCUUUCAUCAGAGACAUAUCAGCUGGUAUACCUUCAGUUACGUCUUCUGCUGACGUCUUUGAGCACUUUGUUAUGCUACUCACUCAGACCUACUACUACAAACAGACCGAUUACAUUAGCGGUGGACUACCUCCACGCUACAAAAUCUCUGAUCUCAACACGAAGACGAGUCUACGAGUAGGUUCAGACGAAUCCAGCAUUCAAGUUACGAUUGUCUUGGAUCCCAUCACUGAGUAUUCCCAGAAGUUGCUUGCAAUAUCGACCAUGUUCCAGGAAAUGCCUUUUGUGUCUCUCAAAGUCAUUUUGAGACCUCACUCCGAUCUGGAAGAUAUACCUAUCAAAAGGUUUUUUAGAGGAGUUUAUGAUUACCGGUUAGUAUUUGACAAAGAGACGGGCGCUAUUGAUGAGUCCUCCAAACGAGCUUUGUUCGAAUCAGUCCCAGAUAAGACUCUCUUCACUUUGGAUAUUGAUGCCCCUCCGUCUUGGAUCGUGAUGAUCAAAGAAGCCAAUGCAGAUUUGGAUAACGUGAAACUUGAACUCUCAGGACCCGUUAGUGGGCUUUACGAGCUAAAGAACAUUUUGAUAGAAGGUCACUCUUUCGAAACGGGAUCCGAAGACUCUCCAUCCAUGGGUAUGGUUGUCGAUCUGCGUCAAAACGGUGAACUUUACUCUGAUACCAACAUCAUGGCCAAUCUGGGUUACUUCCAGUUGAAGGCAAACCCUGGUUUGUGGGAGUUCUCGAUAAAGGAUGGUACUCCCAGCUCCGAUCUAUACUCGUUGCUAGAAGUCACUAAGGAGUACUCUGCUAACGUGAAGGCACUGACACCAAAGCGUGUUGAAAACUUGGCGAUACUAGACUUGUCAGGAUUAGUUGUUUAUGUUAAAGUUUCGAAGAAGCCUGGCAAAGAAAAUGAAUCUCUUAUUUCGUUGGAUCAACCAGAAGGUACAACUGGGGGCUCUCUGAUCAAUAAAGGGUUUGGCUUCCUGAAAGGUGCUUUUGACAGAACGCAAAAGACCAAACAGGCUGAUAUCAAUAUAUUCACUGUUGCCAGUGGUCAUCUAUAUGAAAGAUUUCUUGGUAUCAUGACAGCUUCAGUGAGGAGACAUACCGGUCACACGGUCAAGUUCUGGCUCAUAGAAAAUUACAUGUCCCCAUUGUUGAAAAAGAGUUUGCCUAUUCUUGCAGAAGAGUAUGAUUUCCAGUAUGAACUGAUCACUUAUAAAUGGCCAAUUUGGUUGAGAUCCCAAAGAGAGAAACAGCGUACCAUAUGGGGAUACAAAAUCCUCUUUCUGGACGUUCUUUUCCCUCAGGACCUGGAUAAGGUGAUUUUUGUUGAUUCCGAUCAAAUCGUACGCACUGACCUCAAGGAGCUGGUUGACCUCGAUCUAGAGGGUGCAGCCUACGGAUAUACUCCAAUGUGCGAUUCCAGAACUGAGAUGGAAGGGUUCCGUUUCUGGAAGCAGGGUUACUGGAAGAACCUGCUAGGCGAAAACCUGAAGUAUCACAUUAGUGCCUUGUACGUUAUUGAUUUGAAAAAGUUCAGAGAGUUAGCUGCAGGUGACCGUCUCCGCCAGCAUUACCAGACGUUAUCUGCUGAUCCCAACUCACUCUCCAACCUUGAUCAAGAUCUUCCAAACAACUUGCAGCAUAUAAUCAAAAUUCACUCGUUGCCUCAGGAAUGGUUAUGGUGCGAGACAUGGUGUAACGAUGAGAGCUUGAAAAAAGCAAAAACCAUUGAUCUGUGCAAUAACCCUCUUACAAAGGAACCAAAACUGGAUAGAGCUCGCAGACAGAUCCCUGAGUGGACUGAGUAUGACGACGCCAUCACCAACUUGCUGAAUCAGCGUCUUUUUGGAAAGGACGAGCAGUCAGAGAAUACCCAUGACGAGUUAUAG